CUUUGAGACAAGCGAGCCGAGCUGCACGCGCGUUGCCGCUGACUAUCACCGCUGACAGUCCGGGGGACGAAAUAGAUCCUGUCUUUUUUCCUGCGAUUUGACCGCCCCCACCUCCCCCCUUUCAUAUACACAUUAUCUGUUUUGCUCACUUUUUCAAAUCAGCCUCCAUAACAAUGAUUGUAGUUUUCCUCCGGACUCCCGAUGUUGUGUAGUCUACGUCGCGAAGGCGUAGUCUUCCAGAAGUGGACCUUGUUGGAUUCUGCCAGCUGGGUGUAAAAAAAAAAAAGAGAGAGAGAGAAAAUUAUGCCGCGGAGGAAACAAGAGGCGCCCAAGCGCUCGGCAGCUUAUAGUCCCGAGGAGCUGAUGGAGCACACUGUGGAAGACGAGGAGGUGAAAGCAGAGGACCUGGCCGCUGUCUCUCAGGAUGACCCUCCUGUGAAUGAGGAGUUUGCAGAAAGCAGCAUGGGGGUGGCCAAGGAGCCGGUGUGUGACCAGGAUUUAGAAAGUGCCGCAGAGCUCUCUGGAAAGGAGAUGGACAGUGAGUCACACGUGAGUGAGGCUAGCGACCCCUUGUCGGACUUUGAGAGCCCCUCCAGAAAAAUGGAGGGUGGCUCAGUGGCUGCACAUCUAAAUGGUGUAACAGAGAUGCCGUCCAUAAGCAGUGACACCCUGGAACAGAUGAAGGCUAUCUACUCCAGCUUCCUGACUAGCUCCUUCUGGUCUCCUGUAAAUUUCAACACUACACCAACACAGGCACAGUCUACAGCUUCUGUCGAGAAGCCAGCUCGUAGCAAUAGCACCAGUAGCAGUAGCAGCUGCAGCAGCAAUAGCUAUGACUGGCACCAGUCAGCAGUAGCCAAAACACUACAACAGCACCCUCCGCAGAAUCGUCACCCUGUUCAGUCUGAACCCAGCCUCUUCAGUACAGUACAGCUCCACAGACAGAACCCCAGGCUGUUUGGCUCCAUCUUUACAGGAGCUAGCAAGUUCCGUUGUAAGGGUUGCAGCGCUGCCUAUGACACCCUGGUGGAGCUGACUGUUCACAUGAAUGAUACAGGCCACUACCGUGAUGACAACCAAGACAGGGCUGGUGGUGGUGCCAAACGGUGGUCCAAGCCCCGUAAGCGGUCCCUCCUUGAGAUGGAAGGAAAGGAGGAUGCCCAGAAGGUUCUGAAGUGUAUGUAUUGUGGCCAUUCCUUUGAGUCCCUUCAGGACCUCAGUGUCCACAUGAUCAAGACCAAACACUACCAGAAAGUGCCUCUAAAGGAGCCAAUGGUUCCUGUGGCAGCCAAAAUCAUCGCCUCUAAGAAAAGAGGCCUUGUCGGGUUGGAUCUCACAUCCACUCCACGUUCUAGAGAAGGGACCCCAAAAGUUAAGCUCCCACAGGCAGACCUGAGUGAAUCUUCACACAAAGCCUCCUCCAGCCCAUAUACAAUUGCUAAUAACCGCUACAGCCACCAGAAUGGGGCUAGCUAUGCUUGGCAAUUUGAGUCCAACAAGUCCCAGAUCCUCAAGUGUAUGGAGUGCGGGAGCUCGCAUAACACACUGCAGGAACUGAGAACCCAUAUGAUGGUGAGCGGACACUUCCUGAGGGUGACCAACUCCACAGGGAAGAGAGUCAAGCCCCUCCCAGAAGCCACUUCCCCCAGCCCUGGGAGGGUUUCCACCCCAAAUCAGGAGAGGGUGCAGUCUGUCCCGCUUGCUCCAUCCACUUUCUCUCCUCCUCCACCUCCUACCACCACAACUCCACCUGCUGCCUCCCCUCUCCUCAAAGAGAUUAAAAAAGAGGAGGUUGAGGAGGAGUGCAGCAAAGAGGAAGCUGUCCAGAAUGAAAAGCAGGUGGCAAAAAGAGAAGCGAGGGAAGAGGAUGCAGAGAAGGAGGAAAAAUUUGACAUCUCCAAGUAUAACUAUCUGACUGAAGAGGAUUUGAAGGAGAGCCCUAAAGGUGGCUUUGACAUCCUCAAGUCCCUGGAAAACACUGUGACAACAGCCAUCAACAAAGCCCAGAGUGGAAACCCCAGCUGGGGGGGCUAUCCUAGCAUCCAUGCAGCCUACCAGUUCCCCAAUGCCCUUAAGCUCCCCCAGGUCGGUGCAGAGAAGAAUUCCCCUCUGAAAUUCAUGUUCACAGGUGGGGAGGAAGUUCUGUCAUCCCUCUCUAACCAACCCCUCAUUUCUCCACCUCUUACCCAGUCCUCACCCCUCCCCAGUAACAACUUCCAGGCCAUGGAGGAGUUGGUUAAGAAAGUGACUGAGAAAGUAGCCAAAGUGGAGCAGAGGGUGAAGCAGAUGUCUCCUAAGACAGAGCAGCAUCUCUCCCCCUGUAGUAGUGAGACUGCAGAAUCAAUGAAGGGAGGAGGAGCCGAAUCACCUUCGGAAUGGAGAGCGGUAACGCCAGCCAACAGCGACAGGGGAAGCCAUAGCAGCAGGGCAUCCCCAAUAACAGAACCCAAAAGAGAGACAGACAUCAAAUCCCCACUGGACUCUGCUCUGAGCUGUAGCACCACCAUCAUCACUGGUCACCCUCCCCCAGAGCAGCCCUUCGUCAACCCUCUAAGUGCUCUUCAGUCUGUAAUGAACAUCCAUUUGGGGAAAGCAGCCAAGCCUUCCCUGCCAAACCAAGAUCCCCUGAGCCUCCUUUCUCGGUUGAAUCAGAGCAUGGCCGAGAGGGCAGCUGUGGCUGCUCCCCCCACACAGACUAAAAAGCCUGAACCUGGAGUGGACCGUAGUUUUUGCCAGCCCAGUGAUGACCAGCCUAUGGACCUAACAAAAGGGAAGAGUGAUAGAAGGGGUUCUAUAAGCUCUGCCCCCCUGACCCCCUCAUCCACAGCCUCCUCCAUCUCCCCCUCCUCCAUAAUAACUCCUGCUAAGCUAACAGUGGUCUCACCAUAUACAUCUAGCAGUCCCUUACAUGAAAAUGCCUUGUCUGAUAUUUCAGACAUGUUAAGAAACCUGACACAGUCCCACCAUGUCUCCAAACCCCCCUCACGAUCACGAAUCACAGACCGGUCAGAGGUGGUUGGCUCUACUCCAGAAGAUGUUGAUGGGUUGCUGCAUGGCCACAAACGUAAGGGCCGUCAUUCCAACUGGAACCCCCAGCACCUGCUGCUUUUACAGGCCCAGUUUGCCUCUAGCCUGAGGCAGACAUCUGAGGGGAAGUACAUCAUCAAUGACCUUAGCCCGCAGGAGAGGAUGCAUGUGUCCCGUUUCACAGGCCUCUCUAUGACAACCAUCAGUCACUGGCUGGCUAAUGUCAAGUACCAGCUGAGGAGAACUGGCAGAACCAAGUUCCUCAAGAACCUUGAUUCAGGUCAGCCGGUGUUCUACUGCAGUGACUGUGCCUCACAGAUCCGAACCCCAGCAGCAUAUAUCUGUCACCUGGAGGCCCACCUGGGUUUUAGAAUUAGGGACCUGGCCAAGCUAUCUUCCAAACAGACUGUUAGGGACUCCCAGAGUCUGACUGACAAACUUGUGCCCCUUGAGUCUUUUCUCUCUCCACAGUCACAAGAUGACUGUACUAGUAAUGGGGCGGUUUACCGCUGCCAGCUCUGUGUCCGUAAAUUUGCCAGUAAGCACGCCAUCAAGCUCCACCUCAGCAAGAGCCAUGGGAAGUCCCCAGAGGACCAUCUGUUGUAUGUGUGCGAGUUGGAGAAUCACUAGACUGUUCUCAGCACUGGACAUACUGGAAAACAUAUGUGGAAAAACCCGUUGAUGAAAAACAGAGGAUAUCUCAAACAUGUAAAAUUCACAAAGAUGCCAUGAACUACUGUCAAAAAUGUUAGCACAAGGUGUUUACAUUAAUUUGGCCUAUAGAAGUUUCUGAUUUGUCUGCAUUUCAAGUGACAUUUACUCACAUGUCAAGGAUGUUUCAAGAAAUAGGUUAAUGACAUUAACCUUAUUAAGGGAUAGACCACCAGAGUCCUUGUUAUUUGUUGUCUCCCUCUUAUACAACCAUGAUAAGCAAAGACCAUAAAGGACAGACUUUAUGACCGAGGUGAAUUCCCUGACAAGAAGGUCAACAAUUAACUUGAAGUAUAUCAGUUUUGUUGUAUUUAUUUUUCAAUUUAUUGUGAAUUUGGUUUGGUAGACUGCAUGUUCAGCAAAUGUUACCGUCAAGUUUGUACAGUCCUGUCACAUUUCUAAAACGCCCGUUGAAUAUUGGCAAACUUUUUAACGCAAAAGAACGGCCAAAAUGCCUGGGAAAGGUAUCCAGAAUCUGCCAAAUAGCAAGGUAAUCCCAGUCCCUACUCCCCCCGUUUAUAAAGGUUUUUCUUUUCUUUUUGUACAGCCUAUUGAUUUUCUUGCUGAUUGUAAAAGCUGCCUCGUUCUUUUAUCAUUGAGUCGGGGGCACUUAAAAUCCAGGUCUGUGUAAAAAUGUACAUACAGUAUAUAAUCUUAUAAUUUGCUGUUUAAAUUAUGCAUACUUGUUAUAUUUCCUAAUUUAAGAGGACUAUGACUAUCCACUGGUGCAGAGCCUUUGAAGAAGACAAAAAUUACAUUGUUUUGCACAAUAGUUUUAUAAAUGUUAUUUGAUUAAAAAAAAGAAUACAAAUAUGUUAAUGCCUUGUGCUUCAAUGAUUAAAUCGACUUAACU